AUGGAUUUUCUCACUCCAGUUUAUCUUUUAGCUGCUUUGCUCAUUGGAACAACACUUCAGUCAUCUUCUCCACCGAUCCUGAAUGAAGCAACAAUUUUCUCCGUUGGCUUUUUAGUGAUAGCAUUGUCUCUGUAUAAAAAGAAGAUAAAUAAAAUAGUUAAACGAGUAUCUUCAGCUCGGCUGCCUACUGCAUGUGGAUCAUUUGUUGUUUAUUGUUAUAAAUCAAUGUCGGAUGGAUUGGAGCAUGUCGCGAUAGUAAAGGGUGAGAUUGGCAAGGGAAAGAAUGUUCUUGUUAGGGUUCACUCAGAAUGCUUAACAGGAGACAUAUUCGGGUCUGCUAGAUGUGAUUGUGGGAACCAAUUGGAACUUGCAAUGAAACUAAUCGAAGAGGCCGGUAGGGGAGUAGUGGUUUAUCUCAGAGGUCAUGAGGGACGAGGCAUCGGGUUAGGUCACAAGCUUCGUGCUUAUAACUUACAAGAUAAUGGUCGCGAUACGGUACAAGCCAACGAGGACCUUGGUUUGCCUGUAGAUUCAAGAGAUUAUGGCAUUGGAGCUCAGAUUUUGAAGGAUUUGGGAGUUAAAACAAUGAAAUUGAUGACAAACAACCCAAUCAAGUGCAUUAAACUUAAAGGGUAUGGCUUAGAAGUUUCAGAGAGAGUUCCCAUUGUUACUCCUAUUACCAAGGACAACAAACGAUAUCUCGAAACCAAAGAAGCAAAGAUGGGGCAUCUUUAUAGCUUAGGGACUCAAAAUGCCAUAUAUUAAACUUAAGUGGCAUGUGAUCUUCUUCCAGUAUUACCGAUUUCAAAAAGACAUUGUUACUUUUAGUAGAUCUAAGAUACUUUGUGCUAGAUCAUGUUAUAAGCAUUGUUUAUGGGUUAUUUGAAUUUUUUUGGACAUCU